ACCAGGGUUCGCGUGGGUUGAACAAGCCGGUACAUUUUUGACAAAUAAAAAUGCACAGACACAGUGAGGUUGCUGGUAUUCCCAAGUCAUCUUGGUGAGGAGAACUGCAGCAAUAUGAGAGUAAUUUCAAAGCUUUAUGCUUUAUGCCAAAUCUCCGUUCUUCUUUCCAUCGGAGUUCAGGCGAGGCCAUCUAAAGAUUCGAAUUUCUUCAAAAGUCUUUUUAAUCACGAGCUAAGCGAGCGUGAUGCAAAUGAUGAAAGCAAAGCAUUUCAAGAAUGGGUGACCAGGGAACACGGCAGCAACAACGAAGAUUCUGAUCAUGUCGUUAACGUUGAUGAUGGUGGAGCGUCAUUGAGUGAUAAUCCACCUGGAAACAUCGUCAUUACAAAUGAUGAUAAGAAGAAUGAUGAUUAUGACUAUGAGGGUAAAGUUGAUGGUGAUUAUGAAGAUGAUGAUCAAGGAGGUGAUGAUAAUGACGAUCAGGGUGAAGAUGAUGGUGAUUAUGAAGAUGAUCAAGGUGAAGAUGGUGAUUAUGAAGAUGAAAAUCAGGGUGAAGCUGAUGGUGAUUAUGAAGAUGAUGAUCAAGUUAACAAGGACGGUCCACAUCCCUUCAAUUUUGAGGAUAAUCCAGACAUAUCCGCGUCCGAUAUUAUAUAUCAAGUCAAUUCGAAUGCUGGUUUGAUGCAUAACACUUUCGAAGAAGACAUACUUAUCGAUCCCUCUCGAGUGCAGGAAGUGGCCUCAUGGGGGGCCGAAAAUGACAUCACUAAACGCAUGCCGACCUCGGUAAAUAAUCGGGAGUACAGAUGGCCGGGUGGACUGGUGCCCUAUAAGAUUGAUUCUACUUUCCUGAGGGAUCAUAAAUCUAAUACUCAACAGCUCGAGGCUGCUAAAGCUGAGUAUGCCUCAAAAACAUGCAUUAAACUUGAAGAACUACCGCCGGGAAGACAGAGUUAUCAUGUCAAUCUUAUCAGCGAUAGUGGGUGCUAUUCAUACAUUGGACGACUAUCCGGCAUAAGUGGCUUUAGCCAAAGUCAAGAUAUCUCCAUUGGUAUAGGUUGCAACUUCAAAUCAACAAUUGUUCACGAAUUUCUCCAUGCAUUAGGAUUUUGGCAUGAACAGAGCAGACCAGAUCGGGAUGACUAUGUUACAAUUUUGUGGCAAAACAUCAGGCGAGGUGUAGAGAAUAACUUUCAGAAACAUGGUUCAGAAAAAACUACAAACCUUGGUGUGGAAUAUGAUUAUGAAAGCGUGAUGCACUAUGGGAAGACAGCAUUCAGCGUAAACGGACAACCCACUAUUAUAAGGAAAAAUGAUCCUGAAGGUCAACUUGGCCAACUGGUUUACGGCGGAUUGUCUGCUAAAGAUGCCGAAGAAAUUAACAUUUUUUAUGGCUGUAAAACUCCAGGAACAACAGCGCCACCUCCGACAACACCCUCAACCUCACCUCCGACAACACCCUCAACCACACCUCCGACAACACCCUCAACCUCACCUCCGACAACACCCUCAACCUCACCUCCACCAACUAUCGAGAUUGAAUCAGAUCUUGCCGUUCCUUGA